UUUAUUUAUAACGAAAAUGUAACAUUUCAAAACUCACACCGAUUUCCUCUUCUCCUCCCUUAUACCCGCUCACGAUCAUCAAUCCAUAUUUUCUGCACGUCUGCGGCGUGGAAAAAAAACAUUCCUCAGCGUGAAAUCAGAGACGAGUCCGUGAUGAGUCUUCCUGGACUGAAAUAUCACCUGGAAAAUUGCAUUGCAGAAUGCCGACAGCGAUAUAUGGUGCAAUAUUGCAAUUGCAGUGUUGAUUUUAUGUAUCCCACUGGCUCCUAUCCCAUUUGCAAUGCAACAGGGAUCCGAUGCAUUGCAGAGUUUGCAGCUCAAUUGAGACAUGAUUUUGUGGGAAAACAUGAUAAUAAUUCCAAGUCCUAUGCCGCCCUCUGCGCCUCGUGCUUGCCUGAGUGUCACGCUGUGACGUACACCAUCACCGCCAGGUCAAAUGCGCUUCCUGUGGAGAACGGAGAUUUAGUAACACUGGACAUUCACUUUCAAUAUGCUACGAUGGUAAAAUAUAGGACAUAUGUCGUAUACGAGUUCCUGGACUUAAUAGUUGCAUUUGGAGGAAUUGCUGGCUUAUUCCUGGGUUCAUCACUCUUAAGCAUUGUGGAAAUUCUCUAUUAUGCAUUGUGUGGAAUAUUCAGGGGUAAAAAUGUCCCGUCGUAG